GAUGAAUGUCAAAGAAUUGGUAAUAUUAGUAGACGUCAAGAAAUGCCUAUGAAUUAUUCUCUUGUUAUUGAACCAUUUGAUGUUUGGGGCAUUGAUUAUAUGGGACCUUUUCCUGCCUCUAAUGGAUACACACAUAUUUUAGUUGCUGUUGAUUACGUUACUAAGUGGAUAAAAGCUAUUCCAAAUAGUAGUGCUGAUCAUAACACCUCUAUUAAGAUGCUUAAAGAAGUUAUUUUCCCACGGUUUGGAGUCCUUAGAUAUCUUAUUACUGAUGGUGGUUCACAUUUUAUUCACGGUGCUUUUAGUAAAAUGCUUGCUAAGUAUGAUGUUAAUCAUAGAAUUGCAUCUCCUUAUCAACCACAGUCUAGUGGUCAAGUAGAGUUGAGCAAUAGAGAGCUCAAAUUAAUUUUGCAAAAGACUAUUAAUAGAUCUAAAAAGAAUUGGUCCAAGGAACUUGAUGAUGCAUUAUGGGCCUAUAGAACUGCAUAUAAAAAUCCUAUGGGUAUGUCUCCAUAUAAGAUGGUUUACGGAAAAGCAUGUCACUUACCUCUUGAACUUGAAGAUAAAGCAUAUUGGGCUAUUAAAGAGCUCAACUAUGACUUCAAACUUGCUGGUGAGAAGAGGUUAUUUGAUAUUAGCUCACUUGAUGAAUGGAGAACCCAGGCCUACGAGAAUGCCAAGCUGUUCAAUGAAAAAGUUAAAAGAUGGCAUGACAAAAGAAUACAAAAGCGAGAAUUUAACGUAGAUGGUUAUUCUGGUUUCUCUCAAAUACUUGUGUCAGCGGAGGAUCAAUCAAAAACUACUUUUACCUGCCCUUUCGGUACUUUUGCUUAUAGACGUAUGCCUUUUGGUUUAUGUAAUGCACCUGCUACCUUUCAAAGAUGCAUGAUGGCUAUAUUCUCUGACUUUUGUGAAAAGAUUUGUGAGGUAUUCAUGGAUGAUUUCUCCGUUUAUGGAUCCUCUUUUGAUGAUUGCUUGAGCAACCUUAAUCGAGUUUUGCAGAGAUGUGAAGACACUAGUCUCAUCUUGAAUUGGGAAAAGUGCCACUUUAUGGUUAAUGAAGGCAUUGUCUUGGGGCAUAAAAUUUCUGAAAGAGGUAUUGAAGUUGAUAAAGCUAAAGUUGAUGCUAUUGAAAAGAUCCCAUGUCCCAAGGACAUUAAAGGUAUAAGAAGUUUCCUUGGUCAUGCCGGUUUUUAUAGGAGGUUCACUAAGGACUUUUCUAAAAUCUCUAGGCCUCUAACUAGUUUAUUGCAAAAAGAUAUUCCUUUUGUCUUUGAUGAUGACUGUGUAGAAGCAUUUGAAGUACUUAAGAAAGCUUUGAUCACUGCACCUAUUGUUCAGCUACUUGAUUGGAAAUUAACCUUUGAGAUUAUGUGUGAUGCUAGUGAUUAUGCUGUAGGUGCUGUUCUUGGGGAAAGAGAUGAUAAGAAAUUAAAUUUUAUCCAGUAUGCUAAUGGUUAUUCUGGUUUCUCUCAAAUACUUGUGUCGGCGGAGGAUCAAUCAAAAACUACUUUUACUUGCCCUUUCGGUACUUUUGCUUAUAGACGUAUGCCUUUUGGUUUAUGUAAUGCACCUGCUACCUUUCAAAGAUGCAUGAUGGCUAUAUUCUCUGACUUUUGUGAAAAGAUUUGUGAGGUAUUCAUGGAUGAUUUCUCCGUUUAUGGAUCCUCUUUUGAUGAUUGCUUGAGCAACCUUAAUCGAGUUUUGCAGAGAUGUGAAGACACUAGUCUCGUCUUGAAUUGGGAAAAGUGCCACUUUAUGGUUAAUGAAGGCAUUGUCUUGGGGCAUAAAAUUUCUGAAAGAGGUAUUGAAGUUGAUAAAGCUAAAGUUGAUGCUAUUGAAAAGAUCCCAUGUCCCAAGGACAUUAAAGGUAUAAGAAGUUUCCUUGGUCAUGCCGGUUUUUAUAGGAGGUUAAUUAAGGACUUUUCUAAAAUCUCUAGGCCUCUAACUAGUUUAUUGCAAAAAGAUAUUCCUUUUGUCUUUGAUGAUGACUGUGUAGAAGCAUUUGAAGUACUUAAUAAAGCUUUGAUCACCGCACCUAUUGUUCAGCUACUUGAUUGGAAUUUACCCUUUGAUAUUAUGUUUGAUGCUAGUGAUUAUGCCGUAGGUGCUGUUCUUGGGCAAAGAGAUGAUAAGAAAUUAAAUUUUAUCCAGUAUGCUAGUAAAACUCUUGAUACUGCCCAGAGAAAUUAUGCUACCACUGAAAAAGAAUUCUUAGCAGUUGUAUUUGCAUGUGAUAAGUUCAGACCUUAUAUUGUUGAUUCUAAAGUUACUAUUCACACUAAUCAUGCUGCUAUUAAAUAUCUUAUGGAAAAGAAAGAUGCUAAGCCU